AUGCUGCCCCGGCUGCUGGCGGUGGUCGGAGGACCGGGAAGCCGCCGAGGAUGGCGGAAGGGCUCCCCGGCCAGAGGCAGCGCGUCAGCGGCCGCGGCGCCCCCCGUGGCCCUGCCCGCCCAGGCGCAGGUGGUCGUCUGCGGCGGUGGAAUCAUGGGCACGUCCGUAGCCUAUCACCUCUCCAAGAUGGGGUGGAAGGAUGUCGUCCUUCUGGAGCAGGGCAGGCUGGCUGCUGGCUCUACGAGGUUCUGUGCUGGCAUCCUAAGCACUGCCAGGCACUUGGCCAUCGAGCAAAAGAUGGCAGAUUAUUCAAACAAACUCUACCAUCAGUUAGAGCAAGAAACGGGGAUCCAAACAGGUUACACUAGGACGGGCUCCAUCUUUCUGGCCCAAACUCAGGACCGGCUCAUCUCCCUGAAGCGCAUCAGCUCGAGGCUGAAUGUCAUAGGCAUCCCUUGCGAGAUCGUCUCCCCCAGGAGAGUGGCCGAGCUGCACCCUCUGCUCAACGUGCAUGACCUGGUGGGCGCCAUGCACGUCCCCGAGGACGCGGUGGUGUCCUCCGCCGACGUGGCGCUCGCCCUGGCCAGUGCCGCCUCCCAGAACGGUGUUCAGAUCUAUGACCGGACAAGUAUUCUUCAUGUUAUGGUCAAAAGAGGUCAAGUCACCGGUGUGGAGACAGAUAAAGGACAGAUCCAGUGCCAGUAUUUUGUCAACUGUGCUGGUCAGUGGGCAUACGAGCUCGGUCUGUGCAGCGAGGAGCCGGUCAGUAUCCCGUUGCAUGCCUGCGAACACUUCUACCUCCUGACUCGCCCCUGGGAGACCCCUCUGCCGAGCAGCACACCAACUGUUGUAGAUGCUGAUGGAAGAAUUUACAUUCGGAACUGGCAGGGGGGCAUCCUGUCAGGGGGCUUUGAGAAAAACCCAAAGCCAAUUUUCACGGAGGGCAAGAACCAGCUGGAGAUUCAGAAUCUGCAGGAAGACUGGGAUCAUUUUGAGCCCCUGCUGAGUUCCCUGCUUCGUCGGAUGCCACAGCUGGAGACUCUGGAGAUCGUGAAGUUGGUGAACUGCCCUGAGACCUUCACCCCAGACAUGAGGUGCAUCAUGGGCGAGUCUCCCUCGGUGCGGGGCUACUUCGUCCUGGUGGGAAUGAACUCUGCAGGCCUUUCGUUUGGUGGAGGAGCUGGAAAGUACCUCGCCGAGUGGAUGGUGCACGGCUACCCGUCAGAAAGCGUCUGGGAGCUGGACCUGAAGCGGUUCGGAGCCCUCCAGAGCAGCCGAACCUUCCUGCGCCACCGUGUCAUGGAGGUCAUGCCUCUGCUCUAUGACCUGAAGGUUCCCCGUUGGGACUUCCAGACUGGAAGGCAGUUACGCACCUCUCCUCUCUAUGACCGGCUGGACGCGCAGGGAGCCAGGUGGAUGGAGAAACAUGGAUUCGAGAGGCCAAAGUACUUCGUGCCACCAGACAAGGACCUUCUGGCCUUGGAGCAGAGCAAGACUUUCUACAAGCCAGACUGGUUUGAGAUUGUGGAGUCCGAAGUCAAGUGCUGUAAGGAAGCCGUGUGUGUCAUUGACAUGUCCUCUUUCACAAAGUUUGAAAUAACAUCCACCGGGGAUCAGGCAUUAGAAAUUCUUCAGUACCUCUUCUCCAACGACCUUGAUGUGCCCGUGGGCCACAUCGUGCAUACCGGCAUGCUCAACGAGCGUGGCGGAUACGAAAACGACUGCAGCAUAGCCCGGCUGAGCAAGCGCAGUUUCUUCAUGAUUUCUCCAACCGACCAGCAGGUCCAUUGUUGGGCUUGGCUUAAGAAGUACAUGCCAGAAGACAGCAACCUGAUUCUGGAGGACGUCACCUGGAAAUACACUGCCCUCAACCUGAUUGGUCCUCGCGCUGUGGAUGUGCUGUCUGAGUUGUCCUACGCCCCCAUGACUCCAGACCACUUCCCAAGUCUGUUUUGCAAGGAGAUGAGCGUGGGCUACGCCAACGGGAUCCGGGUGAUGAGCAUGACGCACACGGGCGAGCCAGGGUUCAUGCUCUACAUCCCCAUAGAGUACGCCCUGCACGUAUACAACGAAGUGAUGAGCGUGGGGCAGAAAUACGGAAUCCGGAAUGCUGGGUAUUAUGCUCUUCGUAGUCUCCGAAUUGAGAAGUUUUUUGCCUUCUGGGGUCAGGACUUAAACACCCUAACCACCCCCCUGGAAUGUGGAGGAGAGUCUCGGGUGAAGUUAGACAAGGGCGUGGAUUUCAUCGGGCGCGACGCGCUGCUACAGCAGAGGCAGAACGGGGUGUACAAGCGCCUCACCAUGUUCAUCCUGGACGACCACGACACAGACCUAGACCUCUGGCCGUGGUGGGGGGAGCCCAUUUACCGGAACGGGCAGUACGUGGGCAAGACGACCAGCAGCGCCUACGGCUACACCCUGGAGCGCCACGUGUGUCUGGGCUUCGUGCACAACUUCUCCGAGGACGCGGGGGAGGAGCAGGUGGUGACAGCGGAUUUCAUCAACCGGGGAGAAUAUGAGAUCGACAUUGCGGGACACCGGUUCCAGGCGAAGGCCAAGCUCUACCCGGUCCCCUCCCUCCUCGCCCAUAAGCGCCGGAAGGAGGACGUAGAGCUAAGUGACUUGCACGGGAAGUGA